AUGGCGACUCAAGCACCAGCGCGCAGACGUGGCGCCAAGCUCUUUUUCGUCUUGCUUAUUAUGGGGAUGCUCGCAAUUCUGGCUCAGGCGCUUCCAUUGCAGGACGAUUCUUCUAAUCAGGCGAAAGGCAAGCGCUCACCCAUGCCGACACCUUUGCCCCGCAUCCUCUCUCUCAGCCCGCGAUCGACUCCAGACGAAGUAUAUGCAUUCUACUCCCCACGCGACGUCGUUCUGGACGAUUUCGCCGACUCAAACGGGCUCGAGAAACGUGGCACGCCGACGAAGCGUCAGGACCAGCCCUCGGUCCCGCUCUCGUCGCUCGGCCCACCCACGUUCCCGGCCAACAUUCCCUCGUGUCCCAAGUGCGAGGAGCGCUACUCGUCGCUUUCAUCGUGCAUGGGUGCCAGCUCAGUAUUUGCCAACGCCACGUCAAUCUUUUCCGAUCCGGUGGCGUACAUCAAUGUGAUCAAGUGCGCCUGCACCGACACGUUCCAGGCGGUGUAUCCGCAGUGCCUCGACUGCUUCCAGCAUACGGACCAGUGCUACUACCUCGGCACGGACCCGCAGGGGACGGGCGCGAACAAGGUCAUCAGCAACCUGCGCAGCAUCUGCGGCCUCGGCUCGGCGCUGCUCGGCGGCGUGGCGAGCGCCAACAACAAUAUCGGCACCAACGUGCCCGUCAACCCGCCCUCUUACACGGAUGUCUCCACGACGGGCGCGGGCUAUAAAGAUUCGACCACGGGCGCAAUCUUCCAGAGCUCAGGUGGUCGCUCGAUUGUGGAUGAUGCUCUGCACGGCCUGGGUCUCGCAGCUGUAGCAGUGGCAGCGACUGGUCUCGCGCUCCUGGGAGUCAGCAUUGACGACGAUGACUGCGUUUCUGCAUGCCAUGCUGGCUACUUGGCCGCGUGCGGGACCGGUGCCGCCGAGGCCGCCGAGGCUCUCUCGGUCAUCUCGCGUUGCUCUUACACGCAUGAGGUGGAAGAACGUGGGGUUGGCAUGGGAUUCGGACCUGGUGUUCCUGCUCCUCCUGCCCGCGACGCACGAUGGGUCGAGCUGGGCUCAAGCGCAACACUAUCAGGGAGAGAGCUCACCUUCAGUCCACUAUUAUAUAUUCCGUCCCCAUCGACUCGCACCUGGCCUCCGUUGUCUUUCUCGAAAGCACCUGCCCACCUACUCCAGACAUCGGACCCGUCACAUCUUCCGGCCACCUUGCGACCCGCAUAG